AUGGGCGAAUCGCCAUGCCUGAAAGGUGACUAUAUUCCUGACACUAAGAAACGUGUCUAUCGUCAGUCUUGUUACACUCCCGUUAUAAGGAAGGGUGACUACGGCGUGUUCCAAAAAUGCAUAGACCAAGGUACAAAAUUUACCCCUGGCAAUGAUUCGGGCAUACUUGACCCUCUCACUAUCGUUGUGGACGGUGGUUAUGCGUUCCUGUUCGAGUUGAUCGCUCAGUCAUUCCCUAACAAUUCCUUUUUCGUGGGAAAUGAGAUUGUCGCCCCAUAUUUCUUGAAAGCCAUCACGAGAACACAGCCAAAUAUGCCAAUUCUGCGGCUACUAGUGGAGAGGUUUGGAGCGGACGUGAACAUGCGAAAGACCGGCAGCACCACCAUCUGGAGCGGUAAGCACGAUUCAUGUGAAUUUGGUGCCCUGCACAUUUUUGCUCGAGGUUAUAUCUGGUGGCACAAAGAAGCUCUCAAGUACCUGAUGGAAAAGGGAGCCGAUCCCAAUCUGAAAGACAGCAGGGGGAGAACAGCGCUGCAAUUGACCGUGAAAAGUGCUAAGCAUGGCGCAUUUAUGAGCAAAGAAAUUAUGAGAAUUUUGCUAGAACAUGGCGCUGAUCCGAACCUCACUGAUGAGAGCGGGAUUUCACCAUUAGACGAGAAGAUCAGUGAUUCAGAGAUAACUGAACUUCUGGUUCGCUACGGAGGCAAACCAAACCGCCCCGAUCGCUCCUCCACUCUUUGCAAGGCCAUCACAGACCGAGAUCUUCAAGCUGUUCGGGAUAUCUUGGAGUGGGGGCAAGACCCGAACAUCCAGCCACCUGAGGAGCCCAAAGUAUCAACCUUGUCGACUCAAGCAGCCGGGUCAAAGGCAAGACGACGAAAUAACCUUGGUAUGGGCGCGUUUCGCCCAGAUCCUCCUCAGGGGUAUCCUCUCGAACUCGCCGUAACGAAUAUCUUCGAUGAGAACCGCGUUAAGGAGGCCUUACCCAUCGUUAGGCUUUUGCUAGAGUUUAAUGCCAACCCUUUCAAGCAAAGCAAACGCGACGAGCAAACAACCAUCCUGCACAAACUCCUAGAAGAGUCAGAAAGCUUGCAAAUAUGCGAGGCCUUACUCGACCAGAAUGGCUUAGACCUCGAGACUCGCGACUCAAACGGCAAUACUUUGUUUCUUGCGGCCUGCAAGAGCAAGCAUAGAAGUUGGAUACGUCUUGAGGACGGACCGAAGCUUUUGCGUUGCAUAACUCUUCAGCAAAGAGGUGCUGACGUCCGUGCUACAAACAGCAAGGGAGACAAUGCGCUGCAUAUACUUGUCUCCCUCGAGGACAGAGAUAGAGGCGAAGAAGAGAAAAAGACCGCCAUUUCUACGUUGAUUGAAUUGUGCCCUGAAUUAGUCCAUCAACGGAAUAAAGAUGGCUUCACGCCUUUCCAGACUGCUUGGAAAAGUAGUGAUACGGACUGGGCUUGGCAGAUUCUACUCGACGCAGGCGCUGAUUUUACCACCCCCGCCCCAGACGGGAAUACCGUUCUUCAUGCCUCCUUGAAGGUACCCGCGAUUAGGAUAAGAUGGAUGAAGCGCUUCCUACAUUCAGGUCUGGAUCUAAAUGCUCGAAACAAAGACGGGGAGACAGCAAUAUUUGGUUGGGCAAGAUCCCCACAGAUUUUGGUGGAAGAUACAAAGCAGUUUUCAGAGUCCAAAGAACAGGAGGAGCUGAAGGACCUGUUUCCCAGAACGCUCCAGUUCUUGGAGGAGGCGGGCUUUGAUUUACACGUCGUCAAUAACCAAGGGCAGAACUUACUGCAUAUCCUGGCUCAGUGUCGCUUGAAAGGGGGAUUUGGCACUGCUGCACCGCGAAAACCUCUUAUCUUGUUCAAGGAGCUCGUUGGGUAUGGAUUAGAUCCUUUGGUUCAAGAUAUGAAGGGCUGGUCGGCCUUGGACUAUGCAAUCUCAAAUGGCAACGAGAUUCCCUCAGACUGUCAGAAUGCCGCACCUCGAAUGGCCCACCAAGAAGACAUGAUAGGCAAGGAAUAA